CGAAAAUAUAUCGCAUAAUUCAAAGUUGUUCGUUGUUUAAGAGGAAAAAAAAUGAUCUGUACCAAGACUACCAUUUAUUUCGCUGUUAUCUGCAGUCAAAUGUUUCUAACGAUUUCUGCGCGUGUCACCGAGAACAAUGUCGAUUUAGGUAAAAUCAUUAACGGCUCUACAAAGGAAGAUCCUGUUCACUCUGGCGAUUUCUCACGUGACUUCAAGAAUACAAAUCAUUCAUCAGUUUUCCCUGCUAAUGGUAAAACGGCAUUUACCGCAGACCGAAGAAAAGGGAAAUUCUUUGGAAUCACUACCACAGGAACCACGGGGAAUAAUCUACAACUUGGAUUAUCAUUUAUAGUGCCGUUUCUAAACAUCCCGUUUGGAGCCAGCACCACAUCCUCGUAUUAUGGCUCAAACUAUGCAACUACGCCAUCGUAUGGAACAAGCACAAGUCUUCUAGGCGUCAAUUCCAGCAGCAUAAUAUAUGCUGUGAUCAUUGGCUUUGCAGCGAUAAUUCUUAUUCCACUGUUCAUUUACUCGUUCACUGGAGUCAGCACCUCACCAUAUGGACGAAGUGACGACAUCGAUAGCAUUUUAACGAAUAUUGUGUCUCGGAUUGACGAUGCGCUUCAAAAUCAGUAUAAUGUUGAUGCACCAAGUUGCUUACAACGUGCUCUUUGUACUCAUAUUGCAUCAUCGACAAGGAAAAUGUCUGAGGGAACAGCUGGCUCAGUUGAUAAAAUUAUUGAUGGUUUUGCUUCGGGGACGUAUUUUAGUACUUUGCUAUCGGGCACUAAAAUUGAGGAGGCAAUUCGUGAAGCAAAAAUUGACGAAACUUGCAACAUUUAUUUUACGAAAUGCCCAUAUAGCCUGAAUUCUCUCAAUCACUCUCUCUUCGAUUAUGCUGAGAAAUAUGUGAUGAAUCAGGCAAACAUAGACGACCAGUUGUAUUCGUUUAAUGAUGUUUCCUUGGAGUAAACUGGGAACUGAAGAAUGACGAGCCGAUUCAUUAUAAAUCAUUUUGAAAGGAAACGUUCGCUGUCAUCAAAGCUAGUGUACUGUUUCACGUUCCGUUCUUUUAAUUAAAAUAAACUCUAAAUAUACAUUACUAUUGCUUA